UCUUAUUUGUUAAGAAAUCAAUCCUUUUCAACAUUUCUUAAUUGUUUCUUUUGUCUGUGUUUUCUUUCAGAGGUCGCAGCAGUGGCAAAGGACCUCCUCAGCCCACAAUUUCUUUUGAUGGCAUCUAUGCAAACAUGAGAAUGGUUCACAUACUUACAUCAGUUGUUGGAUCCAAAUGUGAAGUACAGGUGAAAAAUGGUGGUAUAUAUGAAGGAGUUUUUAAAACCUACAGUCCUAAGUGUGAUUUAGUGCUUGAUGCUGCUCAUCGGAAAACUGCAGAAUCCAGUUUGGGGCCAAAACGUGAAGACAUACUAGAAAGUAUUUUAUUCAAGUCUUCAGAUUUUGUUAUGGUGCAUUUUAAGGAUAUGGAUACCAAUUACGCAAGAAGAGUUCCUUCAGAAACAGAUGCUUUUACUGAUUCAGCCAUCAGUGCUAAAGUAAAUGGUGAGCACAAAGAAAAGGAUCUUGAGCCGUGGGAUGGAGGGGAGACCAGCGCUACUGAGGAGCUUGAGGCACUGGAGACAGAUGUUUCUAACGGAUGGGAUCCCAACGACAUGUUUCGUUACAAUGAAGAAAAUUAUGGUGUAAUAUCAACAUAUGACAGCAGUUUAUCUUCUUAUACGGUGCCAUUAGAAAGAGAUAAUUCAGAAGAGUUUUUGAAACGGGAAGCCAGAGCAACUCAAUUAGCAGAGGAAAUUGAAUCAAGUGCCCAAUACAAAGCUCGGGUUGCCUUGGAAAAUGAUGAAAGAAGUGAAGAAGAAAAAUAUACUGCUGUUCAGAGAAAUGCUAAUGAGCGAGAAGGUCAUGGUGUGAACACUAGGGAAAGUAAGUACGUUCCACCUGGCGGGAGAAACAGGGAUGUCCUGUCUUGGGGAAGUGGAAGACAAAAUUCACCAAGGAUGGGCCAGUCUGGAUCAGGCCCACCAAUUUCAAGGUCUGGAUCCCACACUUCAGAUUUCAGUCCUAACUCUGGAGCAGAUCAAAGAGUAGUUAACGGAGGUGUUCCCUGGCCAUCGCCUUGCCCAUCUCCUUCCUCUCGCCCACCUUCUCGCUACCAGUCAGGUCCCAACUCUCUUCCACCUCGGGCAGCCACCCCUACACGGCCGCCCUCCAGGCCCCCCUCGCGGCCCUCCAGGCCCCCGUCUCACCCCUCUGCUCAUGGUUCUCCAGCUCCUGUCUCUACUAUGCCUAAACGCAUGUCUUCAGAAGGGCCUCCACGGAUGUCUCCUAAGGCACAACGGCACCCUCGAGGUCACAGAGUCUCUACUGGUAGGGGUACAAUUUCAAGUGGCUUAGAAUUUGUAUCUCAUAAUGCACCAGGGGAAGCAUCUACUACUGCAGUGGCACGAGGCAGCCCUUCAGGUGGGACGUGGUCAUCAGUUGUCAGUGGGGUUCCGAGAUUAUCCCCUAAAACACACAGGCCUAGGUCUCCAAGGCAGAGCAGCACUCCUGCAGGACCAGCUCUGCCUUCUCCUCAGCCUGGUACUAUUCCCACUGAAUCUGUUGCCAUGCCUGUUCCAGCUGCCUCUCCGACACCUGCCAGCCCUGCAUCCAACAGAGCAGUUACCCCUUCCAAUGAAGCUAAAGAUACCAGGCUUCAGGACCAGAGGCAAAACUCUGCAGCUGGAAACAAGGAGAAUAUAAAGCCAAGUGAGAGUUCUCCUAGUUUUCCUAAACCUGAAAGCAAAGGUGUAUCUCCAAUUGUUUCAGAACAUAGAAAACAGAUUGAUGAUUUAAAGAAAUUUAAGAAUGACUUUAGGUUACAGUCAAGUUCCUCUUCAGAUGCAGUGGAUCAGCUGCUAAACAAAACCCGAGAAGGUGAAAAAUCAAGAGAUGUAGUUAAAGAAAAGACAGAACCAACCCCUAAAGAACCUAUCAUAGAAACUGGCAGUAAUACUAACUCUAACAGUGGCAGUAGCAAACCCAAUAGUCCAAGUAUUUCUCCAUCAAUAAGUAAUAGUUCUGAGCAAAAGCGAGGGCCUGAGGUAACUUCACAAGGUGUACAGACAUCUGGGCCUGGAAGCAAACAAGAUAAAGAAGAUAAAGAGGAGAAGAAGGAUACUUCUGAGCAAGUUAGAAAAUCUACACUUAAUCCUAAUGCAAAAGAAUUCAACCCUCGAUCUUUUGCUCAGCCGAAGCCUUCUACUACACCAACUUCCCCUCGCCCGCAAGCUCAACCAAGCCCUUCCAUGGUGGGCCAUCAGCAGCCAACUCCAGUGUACACUCAACCUGUUUGUUUUGCACCAAAUAUGAUGUACCCGGUUCCAGUGAGUCCAGGCGUGCAGCCUUUGUAUCCUAUACCCAUGACGCCCAUGCCAGUGAACCAAGCCAAGACAUAUAGAGCAGGUAAAGUACCAAAUAUGCCACAGCAGCGGCAAGACCAACAUCAUCAGAGCACCAUGAUGCACCCUGCCUCUGCAGCAGGCCCUCCAAUUGUAGCUACACCACCUGCUUAUUCAACACAGUAUGUUGCAUAUAGUCCCCAGCAGUUUCCUAAUCAGCCUCUUGUGCAGCAUGUGCCACACUACCAGUCUCAGCAUCCUCAUGUUUAUAGCCCUGUAAUACAGGGCAACGCUAGAAUGAUGGCACCACCAACUCAUGCACAGCCUGGUUUAGUAUCUUCUUCUGCAACACAGUAUGGUGCGCAUGAACAGACGCAUGCUAUGUAUGCAUGUCCCAAAAUACCAUACAGCAAGGAGACAGGCCCUUCUUUCUACUUUGCCAUUUCCACUGGCUCACUUGCUCAGCAGUAUGCCCACCCUAAUGCUACCCUGCAUCCGCACCCUCCGCAUCCUCAGCCUUCGGCUACACCAACUGGCCAGCAGCAAAGCCAACAUGCUGGAAGCCACCCUGCUCCUAGCCCCGUGCAGCAUCAUCAGCACCAGGCUGCUCAGGCACUCCACCUGGCAAACCCACAGCAGCAGUCGGCAAUUUACCACGCAGGUCUAGCUCCAACCCCACCUUCCAUGACGCCAGGCUCCAAUACGCAGUCUCCACAAAAUAGUUUUCCUACAGCACAACAAACAGUCUUCACCAUUCAUCCCUCCCAUGUUCAACCUGCAUAUACCAAUCCGCCACACAUGGCCCAUGUCCCCCAGGCUCAUGUACAGUCAGGAAUGGUUCCUUCUCACCCAACUGCCCAUGCUCCAAUGAUGCUAAUGACGACACAGCCACCUGGUGGUCCCCAAGCCGCCAUCGCUCAAAGUGCACUACAGCCCAUUCCAGUCUCGACAACAACACAUUUCCCCUAUAUGACGCACCCUUCAGGUGAGGAGUGUGUGCCCGGGAGACCUGCACCGUAACUGAGCCAGGUCACAGUAGCGAGGAGAACUGUUACAAACCAGAUUUGGGGAAGAGAAUAACAAAAAGAAAACAAAAAGCCAAAAAAAACAAAACGAAAAACAGAUGGAAGAUGUCCUUUUAGAUGGCAGGCUGCUGAUGGCAAACUAUUUGUGCAUUUAGUGUUUGUACUUUGCCAGCCCGAAUGCAAGCCUAGCAAAGCAUGCCAGAUUUAGCUAAUGUAGCAAAGACCAUGUUUUUGUGUAGCUGAAGUACAGAACUGGAUAACUGUGCAGAUGCUGGCACAGUGGGGCUGUGUUCUUCCAGGUAUUGCCAUGGUUUUGCUGUGGGGAAUGGACUGUCUGCGUAGCCUGCUCAUAAUGAUCCGGGGGGUUGUUAAAUUUAAAGCAAUCAGUCCCAAGGACAGGAGUGACAAUGUUGCUUGGGGGUAGUGCUGUUAGACUUCUAGUGACCGAAGUAAAGUGACAAUUGAAGACUAUUCUUUAAUUCAGAGUAAUAUUCUGCAGCUUUACUUUUGGGGAAAAGUAGGUGCUAUAUGACUUCUUUCCGCUUUAAAGUUACUUAGGUGUCUUUAUCAUUAUUUGUUUCCGAACAGCCUCUGAUGUUAUGUCUUGGGGAAUGUGUGAGCAGAACACGCUGCUUUGUGAGGGUUUAGGGAGGAGAGAAACAUCCGAAGGACAUCUUGAUAUGCAGGGUAUUGUUUUAUUCUUUAAAAGAAAAAGAAAAGAAAAAAAGAUUAAAAACGAACAGAAAAGUUGAGCUCAGUAGUUGUCCUGUGACCACUUUACUAGCAAACUGUUGUGUGGCUUGCCAAUCUAUUAUUUACAUUUGAACUUUUUUUUUACAGUACAAGCCCACCACCAACAGCAGUUGUAAGGCUCAUCUGGAAUAACUGAAAGGCUGGAUACCUUUUGUAGGCCAAAUACCCUCCUUCUACUGCUUCUGCCAACUGGAAGCACAGAAAACUAGAAUUUCAUUUUAUUUUGUUUAAAAAAAAAAGAAAAAAAAUUGAUUUCUUGUAACAUCCACUAGGAAUGCUAACAGUUCAUCUUGCAGUGGGAGAGAUUCGGACUGAGUAGAGGCAUUUAGGAACUUGUGGGCUAUUCCAUAAUUCCAUGCACUGUAUCUGAGUCCUGCAAGUGCCCCAACUCUGCUUGCUGAAAACUGGAAGUUAUUUAUUUUUUAAUGACCCUUCAAAGUUAUGAACUCAUCAGCUAGCAAAAGAAGUAACAAGAGUGAUUCUUGCUGCUAUUAUCACUAAAAAUCAAGACUUGGAGAUCCCUUUUACUUCUAACUAAACUUGAAACAGGUUCAGUUAAAAAAAGAAAAAAAAAAAAAGAAAUUCUAAUCGUCAAACUGAUGAAUUAUUAUUUAUAAAUCACGUUUGAUGAGAUGAUCACUAUCGUGAGACAGUGAUGUAACUUUUAAGUUAAGAAAACUUUUACUUUGUAGAUAAUAUAAAAUAAAAACUAAAAAAAAAAAUUAAAAAAUAAAAAAAGUUUUAAAAACUGA